AGUUUUCAAUCGUCCACAGGGUGACAAGAGCGAGCAGAGAGAAGACCCACUUCCUUCCAGUAGAGGACACGGUCAACAUGGCGUCGCUGAGGUGGAUCGUCCGCUCUGGAAAGAAUGCCGUCUCAGUGGUUUUGCGAAGAGAAAUCCACAGGACGUCGUCGGCCUCACUGCAGGUGACCGUUCGAGAUGCUCUGAAUCAGGCUAUGGACGAGGAGUUGGAGCGAGAUGACCGUGUGUUCCUCCUGGGCGAGGAAGUGGCCCAAUAUGACGGUGCUUACAAGGUAAGUAGAGGACUUUGGAAGAAGUACGGAGAUAAACGCAUCAUCGACACACCUAUUACAGAGAUGGGAUUUGCUGGUAUUGCUGUUGGUGCUGCAAUGGCUGGUCUAAGACCCAUCUGUGAAUUCAUGACCUUUAACUUCUCCAUGCAAGCGAUUGAUCAAGUCAUCAACUCUGCUGCCAAAACCUACUACAUGUCUGCUGGAAUGCAGUCCGUCCCCAUUGUAUUCAGAGGACCAAACGGGGCGUCAGCUGGCGUGGCAGCCCAGCACUCGCAGUGCUUUGCAGCCUGGUAUGGGCACUGCCCAGGGCUCAAGGUGGUCAGUCCCUGGAACUCAGAAGACGCCAGGGGCCUCCUGAAAUCCGCAAUUCGAGACGAUAACCCAGUUGUUUUCCUUGAGAAUGAACUGAUGUACGGUGUGGCGUUUGAUAUGCCAGAAGACGUCCUAUCCAAAGACUUCACGGUACCCAUCGGAAAGGCCAAGGUUGAACGACAAGGUAAUCACAUCACCCUGGUGUCACAUUCCCGUAUGGUCGGCUUCUGUCUGGAUGCGGCAGCUGUCUUGGCCAAAGAGGGCAUUGAAUGCGAGGUCAUCAACCUACGCACCAUCAGGCCGCUGGACGUGGAGACCAUUGAGGCAAGCGUUAUGAAGACUAACCACUUAGUGACUGUUGAGGGGGGCUGGCCCCAGUUCGGUGUUGGAGCAGAGAUUUGUGCCAGGAUCAUGGAAGGUCCAGCUUUCAACUAUUUGGAUGCCCCGGCUACAAGAGUCACUGGAGUGGACAUCCCCAUGCCCUACGCCAAGAUCUUGGAGGACAACAGUGUGCCCCAGAUUAAGGACAUCAUGUUCUCUGUCAAAAAGACCCUAAAUGUCUAAGUUUUCUCCUCCAUAACUAGUAACACUUUAGAAAUAAUAGUCGUUUAAAAAGCUUUAGAAAUCCUUUCUAAAUAAUAAACCAAUAAUUACCAAAGUAUUUAAAAAUAUUUGUAAAUGAGUAAGAAAUACCAUGUUAACAUAACAAACAACAUCACAGCUACAGUAGUCCUGGAGUUUUGCUCUCCUAGGAGCAAAAACAUGAAGGCCCUGGAUACAGAAGUGUCCAACAGGGCAAACAAACCUCAAACUCAUCCAGCAGGAGCAGAUUCCCACUCACCAAUGUAGGUUGGUUCUUACCCAUUUACAAACACUUUGAAUGUUUUGGCCAUGAUUAGUUCAUUAAACUAUAUUGAUAAAGUGGUGUUAAAGCUUUUUAAGGGACUGUUACCUUUUAGUGUUACCCCAUAACUUUAUGACUAAAACAUUACUCUACCCUCUUCAUGUAAUGUUGCUGGAUGGCUAUUAUUGAAAUGUGUGCUUGAAGCAAUAAGACCAUCACAUCUAAAGCUCUUCGGUAACACUUAAUUUGAACAGGGCUAUAAUUACAGAGCAGUUACUCAUUAGGUACAGUGGGAGAACUGGUGUAAUGACAUGUAAGUACAGCUGUAGUACACGUUAUUACAUCAUACAUUUUGUUUAUCUACAUGAGCACCUACAUAACAAUGAUGACCAUAAUGUACUAUGAAAUUGUUUUCUAAUACUUCACCAAAGAUGAAUUCUUCCAGCGAAGUAAAGGUUGGUAUGUACAUACACAAAAAUGCACAUUGUGACUAUAAAUGUAAUAACAUGUACUACAGUUGUACUUACAUGUUGUUAUCUCAGUUAUCAAUUAAGUACACUGUAAUUACAGCCCAGUUAAAAUAAAGUGUUCCCAGUUCCUCUUACUCUGUUACAUACAUUGGGCUUUCUAUGUGACCAUGUGAACAAACUCCAGAAACUUAAUUUGUGGUAGAGGGGGAUAUUUAUUAUUACUAUUAUUAUUUUGUCAAAAUAAACUUGUAUGUCUUGUUUGGAAGUAAAAUUAGAUCACACUCGAAGCUAGGAAAUGAUUAAAAAGCUGUCGCUCCUAACUUUA